AUGCAGGCGGAUUCGGAUACGAUCAACGUCGCGUCCGACUCGGGAGAGGCCAGCGGAACGGCGCGACCACUUCGACGGAUACGGAAACCGACAACCAAGGCCCUACUAAACGAAGGAAACCGAGACACUCUCGACGAUGGGGCCGCAGAGCCGAGCGAGCAGGGAGGAAAUGGGGUGCGGAGGGCGACCACUAGGGGCGCGCCAGCCGCCAGAGGAAGGAUCAAGGCGAUCGAGGACGACGACAGAACACUGCUCCUGGCCAUGGGAAAGCAGAUGAAGGAACUCCACGCAUCCCUCCAGGUGGUUUUCAAUGCCUGGAAGAAAUCUGAACUGCGCAACAGGGACAUCCAGGCCGAGCUUCGACAAACCACGGACGAACUUCGGACGGCGAGCGAGGAACUCCGACGAUAA